AUGGAAGACUGCAACGCCAAAAGGAUUCUCCGGAUGCUGGAGGAAAACGAAUUUAUAACCUCAGAAGACCUAGAGAUUCCAGCAAAUGAUCUCCACGGGCUUUUACUUUCUCUUGAGAGCAAGGGACAGGUUGUAUUUGAGAUUUCCGAGAAGCAUGCCAGAGUCUUGACCAGCGAGGGCAAAGGUGUCCUAAAAAACGGUACCCAAGAGUUCAAUCUAUUCAGGGAGAUAUCAGAGGAUGGCACCGACUCAUCUAUUCUCCAGAAAUAUCCAUUAGGAUCCAACUACGCUUUCCGAAAUAGAUGGAUAAAAAUGGAGAACAAUAGGAUCUACAAAUGUAAAAAAAAUGUUGAGGACGAUGUUGCAAAACUUCUCAAAAGCUUAACUGUACUGACUGACAGGGAAUUUAGUGAUCUGAAAAAGAGAAAGCUUGUUGACCAGAGUAAGUCUAAUGUUUAUAUUAUCAAAAAAGGUCCCAGAUUUGGAGAGAUCAAUGACUAUCUGACCGAGCUUACAUCCGAGAUUGUCGUGAACUAUAGGGGAGAAGUAUUUAAAAAGUAUAACUUUGACUCGAUUGGAAAUAUUCCAUCUUGCGGAUCAUUCCAUCCCCUUAUGAAAAUAAGAGAGGAGUUCAAAAGAAUAUUCCUAGAAAUGGGGUUUAAUGAAAUGAAUACAAGUAGAUAUGUUGAGUCUAGCUUUUGGAACUUCGACUCCCUUUUUCAACCCCAAGACCAUCCUUCCAGGGAUGCACAUGAUACUUUCUUUAUCAGGAAUCCAGAGUUGACGACUAAGUUUGAUGAUGCAUACUUUGAAAGAGUCAGGAGUAUGCAUUCUAGUGGAGGAUAUGGCUCUAUUGGCUACCAGUGUGAAUGGAAUCCCAAGGAAGCUAUGAAGAACAUUCUCAGAACUCAUACUACCGCUAUUUCUUCUCGCUAUCUCCAAUCAAUGGUAAGCAAGUUUAGACCCAUAAAGCUAUUCAGUAUUGAUAAGGUGUUUAGGAAUGAAAGUGUUGAUGCAACACAUCUGGCAGAGUUCCAUCAGGUAGAGGGGCUGAUAGCCGGAUAUGGCCUUGGAUUGAGAGAACUAAUGGGCAUGCUUAAGGCAUUCUUUGAGAAACUGGGGCUAAGGAAUAUCAAGUUUAAGCCUGCUUUUAACCCAUAUACAGAACCUUCGAUGGAGGUGUUUGGGUAUCACGAAGGGUUAAGGAGGUGGAUUGAAAUAGGAAAUUCGGGAGUCUUCAGGCCCGAAAUGCUUCGACCAAUGGGCUAUGAUGAGAAUGUAUCGGUGAUUGCAUGGGGAUUAUCACUUGAGAGGCCAGCAAUGAUCAAGUAUGGGCUUAACAAUAUUAGAGACCUAGUUGGGCAUAGGGUUGAUAUUAACUUUAUUAAGAAGAGUGAGUUUAUAUACUUCUAG